AUGGUAACAUUGAGCGUGGCGAUAGUCUCCAACGUUGAUAUGCCUGGUGCAGCUCGUGGCACAGGUGAAUCGGCCGAACGGCAGAGAAUGACACUUGAUGAUCGGCGACUUAAGUAUCAAUUGGGUCUGACCAAAAUAGUGACCCCACCAUUAAUAAACAUUUAUAUUUACCCAGAUAUCGAUGAGUGUAGAUCAUCACCGUGUGAUCGGUCUGCAACAUGUCAGAACUUCGUUGGGAGCUUCGAGUGUAAAUGUGGUAGAGGGCUUACCACCAUUCCUGGGAGCUCUGGCAUUGCAACAACUUGUGAAGAUAUCAAUGAGUGUAAAUCAUCACCGUGUCAACCAUCAGCAACAUGUCGCAACUUAUUUGGGAGCUAUGAGUGUUACUGUGGCAAAGGGGUUACCGCCAUUCCUGGGAGCUCUGGCAUUACGACAACCUGUAAAGAUUUCGAUGAGUGUAAAUUGUCACCAUGUGAUCCAUCCGCAAUAUGUCGCAACUUGCCUGGGAGCUAUGAGUGUUACUGUGGUAAAGGGUUUACCUCCAUUCCUGGGAGCUCCGGCAAUGCAACAACUUGUAAAGAUGUGGACGAGUGUGAGGAUAAAGAUGUGUGUGGCAGGAAUGCAACCUGUCAUAACUCUGUUGGGAGUUACCACUGUAUCUGUCGGGCAGGAUUUCAUCCAGUUCCAGAACAGACAGGAAAGACCUGCACAGUGCAACCUCUCAACUGUCCCAACCCAGAAAAACCAAACAAUUCCACCCUCACACAGUGUAGUGGGAAGCAUUCACAAGCCCUCAAACAGCCAAACUCUGAGGGUAAUGGGUCUUGCUCCGCAAUAGAAGCAGCUCACCGAUUACUUGAUAGAGUCUGUCAGAAUUUCAGCUUCACAGACGAUAUCCAGGCUGUCACAAACUUGACAAAUGGUUUCCUCAAUAGGAAUUCACGGCUACAGAACAUGACGGCCAGUCAACGGUUAAAUGUCGUAACGACCAUCUUGGAUCUUUUGGAGAAUACGGCAAUGGCUAUUGCUUUGACUUUGCCCAGUGGAGGAAGAAAGUCAAUCUCAGAAGACUCUUUUGCUGCUAAGAUCUGGGUGUCUGAUAAUCAAAGUAUGCCAGACGAGUUGGUACGAAUCGAGGUCUGGAAUAAUACCAUGGAGAUAAACUGGAGAACGAUCAUAGGAGCAAAGAACUCUGACUUUGCUGCAGUCUCCUUCUUUGUAUUCAGCGACGUGGAAUCCCUUUUGAACAGCGAGAUCCGUAAAGAUGGGGUCAAGCAAUUGGAGGCAACUGAAGGAACAGGCUGGUUAAACUCAAAAGUGGUAACGGCCAGAAUCAGUAACAAAGCAGCCAGUCAUAAACUGACAGAAAUGGUCAAUUUUACACUGAAACUCAACCAGGAUACCAAAGAUGACGAGAAGGCCAAAUGCGUUUAUUGGAAGAUAACAGAUGGGGGAAGUUUUUGGUCCCCUGAGGGCUGCUUCCUGAUUAGUUCCAGUGGAAGCUACGUAAUGUGCCAAUGUAACCAUCUGACGAGCUUUGCUAUUUUAAUGUCUCCGAUUGAGAUUGAGGAAGGCUGGUCCUUGCUGCUGAUCAGCACAGUCGGGCUCACAAUAUCCCUGCUGUGCCUCGCCGCCUCCAUCGUUGUGUUCACAAAGUGCCGCUCUAUCCAAAAGGCCAAUAUCAUGGUGUACAAGCACCUGAGCAUCAACCUCUUCCUGGCACAGCUCAUCUUCCUGACAGGAAUCCAUGUGACAAACAAGGUGGUUUGUGCCCUGGUUGCGGGGUGCCUCCAUUACUUCUUUCUAACUGUCUUUGCCUGGAUGUUCCUGGAUGCUUUGCAGAUCUUCAUUGUGUGCAGACACCUCACAGUCACAAAGUUUACUCACACAUAUAUCAUCAGACGGAGGUACCUGUAUCCUUCUGGCUACGCUGUCUCUGCGCUGAUUGUAAUUAUAUCAGCAGCAAUCUAUCCCUAUGGCUAUGGAUCAGACGAACACUGCUGGCUGAGCUUAGAGCGGGGCUUUCGAUGGAGUUUCCAAGGGCCAGUCUGCCUUGUGAUUGUGGUGAAUAUGGUGUUGUACGUCUGGACACUCUGCUUACUGAGACAUCAUUUGUCCACACGUGAUGUGAAUGUGUCAAAGAUUAAAGACACCACGACCCUGACCCUUAAGGCAGCUGCACGGUUGUUUGUCCUGGGAAUCACUUGGAUCCUUGGACUAUUUCAUUUCAACGAGAGCACCAACUUCCUCUCCUACCUAUUCACUAUCAUCAACACUCUCCAGGGCCUCUUUAUUUUCGUGGUCUACUGUAUUUCCAAUCGCCAGGUGAGAGAUGAAGUUCGGAAAUGGUUCAUCAAGUCAAGCACACCCUCAACCAGCAACACCUCGAAUGUUCAGAUGAGUUCUCUUGAGACUAAGACAACAUAACCCUCCUGAGGACUCGAGAGAUGACAGUGACAAGAUUGUCCGGGGUUUGUGUGUCUGUGUCUCUCUGUCUGUCUGUGAGUACAGCUUGCACUAUGUCUAGAAAAUUGGAUUUGUGUUUUGUUGGCUUUUCAGCUUUGCCAGACAGGAUGUUUUUUCAUCACGUAAGUUGUUGCUUUUUCUUCAUUCUUUUAUGGGUUGUGAGCUUCACUGGUAAGGUCACACACAUGCACAGUCAUACAGACAAAUGUAUACAUGAAUGAUAUUGACACAGAGGCAUGCACAUUGUCAUACAUAUUGCAAACCACAUGCAGAGCCUAGCAGAAACAUAGAUUUAACAAAUACACACAAAACACCCAUAUAUGUACACAUUGAAGGUAUUGAAAAUCAUGAUCAUGUUCCCACCCUACCCUGGGUGUUUCGGCGCUAAUGGCAACCCCUUUGGUCUUCUGACUUGCUUGCUUUAGCUCCAGUGUCUCUUUACAAGCUGAAUGACAAUAUGGUGUAUUAGAGAUAUUGGUCUCACACCCUGCAUUUUGGAUUUGUUAUAUGCCAAACAUGUUUUUAGAAAAUUCAUGAUUGAAGUGGAAAUAUUGAUUGACAGGACUUAAAAUUGCAGUAAAAUUAUGUUUGCACAGAACAUGUUCUUGAAAUUUUCUGGUCUGUUUUGUAGUUAAUUACAAUUCUUAACCAGUUGUAUCUUAAUAGAAUAAAGUUUUUUUUUACUGUUAUUACUCCUAUAGGGACAUUGAGUAAUAUUUAUGACCAAAUGUGAUUUCAUUUUAUACUACAUAUAGAGGCCUGAUUACAAUGGAGAUGAUAGACAAUGUUGGUGUAAAAUAGAUUCUGUUUGCUGUCACACCUAGUGACAUGUUUAAAUAGACUCUGUUGUUAGACCCAAGCUGCAUUGAACUCACUGCCUUACUCAGUCCUGUCAGUUCACAGUCUUUCUUAUCUCUGGCUUUGAAGAUGGGCUGGGAUUGACAAUGACAGCAAAUUAAAGGAACCCAAGUGAGACACAGCCGAAGUGACUAUAUAGUUCAGGAUGUUUGGAGGCAGCGUGAGAAUUCAGUGCAGAGGGGAAGAGGUGCUUUUUACUUGCCUUUUUUGGCUCCUAGUUUGUAGAGUGUUUUUUCAAACAGAACUAAUUGAAGCCCAAGAUCAGGGACCUUGCACCUAUUAUAGGUUACUUUCAAAUUGGAUGUCAAUAGGGGAAACAUUUACAGGUUACAAACUAAAAGACCAGUAUAAAACUUUUAAAAGCCAAAUUAAGAACUAAGUGUUAUAGGCCAGGCCAAACCCCCUCAAACUAUUUUCAGAAGAUCGUCUAGAUCCUAACUUUUAUCUUAUUUUAAACAUAAGUGUAAGGUGUUGCAUUCCAGAUGCAAUUCAAUUGGUCAGACUAUUUGAUGUUAAGCAAAACACACUUUAUUCAUAAACUAUGUUAAAAUACAAGUCCCAGCUGUUCUGUUUGUAUUCUGGAAGUAGAAACCCCAGCUUUUAUCUGUAACUGAGAGAGGAAAAAGAAAACAACUUCCACACACAGCUUCAAAAUCCCAGCAACUGCUGGUAAGGACACAGUAAAACUAAAACAUCCUGGUUCUGUGGGAGAUGGCCCCACCCAUUCAAGCUGCUUCUGUUCCUACUUUGAAAAAAAAAAUGAGGCCUCACAGCUAUGGGUUUUCGAUGGACAGUUCACCACCUCAGACUUAAAAUUACUCUUCAAAAUAAAACCCAGGACAAAAUACACCAUGUAAAGCCAUAGUAUUGUCACAUCUCCCCCCUUAAAAAAAUCAUCAGCAUACAAAGUUGAAUUCACUUUUAAAACCAUUUAGUCCUACGCUAAUAGUACACAAUAUGUUUACAUUACAUUGACUGUAAGCAUGCAAACGUUCCCUUCUACUGUCCACUUCAGUAUGUUUAUUCCUGCCAGUGAACACCUCCAUCUUCCUACAUCAAAGUUGAGAAAACGCUUCAGCAAUUAUGUUCUGUCAUCUUGCCACGUGUAUACUUUUCAAAUUAAAUGGCUGCAAUAAUAAAU